UGACUAUUCUUAUCAAUUCAUAAGUAAGUCAUAAAUCACCAAAUUUAAGUAAUAAUAAAUUUCCAUAAUAAGCUGGAUCAACUGGUAACCUGGAUAAUAUAAAUAUAUAUAUUUUCGAAUUCUAAGAUAUGGAGAUUUGUGUUGACAAUGUAGAGUCUGUUUUAAAUGCCGUUUCGGGUGGCGCUCAUAGAUUAGAACUGUGCAGUGCUUUGAGUGAAGGCGGUUUAACUCCAUCCGUAGGUUUUUUCAAAAUUGUUAAAUCCCUUGUAAGUGUACCUAUUUUUGUCAUGCUUAGACCAAGAGGAGGUAAUGACUUCCAAUUGUCAGAAAUAGAAUUGAAAAUUAUUCUUGAAGAUUUACAAUUGCUAAAAAACGCUGGUGCGGAUGGUUUUGUUUUUGGAGCCUUGACUGCUAAAGGGUUAAUAGAUACCGCUGCUUGUGCUUCAGUUAUUUCUGCUGCUCAUCCAUUACCUGUAACGUUUCAUCGGGCAUUUGAUGUGGCAACAGGUGAUCCAAUGGUAAUGGUAAAUGAAAUUGCUGAUCUCGGUUUCAAACGUUUGUUAACAAGUGGUAGAAGUUCAAAUGCUUUUGAUGGUGCAUUGCUAAUUAAACAUUUAAUCGAGGAAAUGGAUAAUAAGCUCAUUAUUAUACCAGGGGCAGGCAUUAGCAUUGAUAAUCUAAAACAAAUUUUGGACUUAACAUUGUGUCGUGAAAUUCAUGGAUCAGCAAAAUCACUAAAAAAUAAAACUAAUAAUCCUACAAUAAAUUUAGGACAAAAUUUAGCACCUAGAAUUUAUGUUACUGAUUCAAAUAUUGUUCGGGAAUUUCUUAAAAUUUUUGAAGAUUAUUUAAAACAAACUUUUUAAAAUGUUUCUAAUAUUUGUAUCAUUAUUACUUAAGUUUCUAUGAUGUAUCAGUAUUAAACAAUAAAAAAUAAUAUCUACAAAU